CGUGGACCUCAUGUAGGAAUGACAACAAUGGAAGGGGCCAACGGGUCGAGUUUUGGAAUAGACACGAUUUUGUCUAGUGCCAGUUCGGGCAGCCCGGUCAUGAUGAAUGGAGAUUUCCGCCCGCUUGGCGAGCCCAGGACUGCGGAUUUUAGGAGUCAGGCCACUCCGUCCCCGUGUUCGGAGAUCGAUACCGUAGGAACAGCGCCUUCUUCUCCCAUCUCGGUCACCAUGGAGCCCCCGGAGUCGCAUCUGGUAGCAGACGGGCCCCAGCACCACCACCACCUCCACCACAGCCAACAGCCGCCGCCGCCGCCGCCGCCGCCAGCCGCGGCCUCAACGCAAAGUUUGCAGCCUUCUCCCCAACAACAGCCACCGCCGACGCCGCAGCAGCCACCCGCCCAGCAACUGGCCUCGGCCGCCUCGGCCCCCAGGACUUCCACCUCUUCUUUUUUAAUUAAGGACAUCUUGGGCGACAGCAAACCUCUGGCGGCAUGUGCGCCCUACAGCACCAGCGUCUCCUCUCCGCACCACACCCCGAAGCAGGAGACCAAUGUAGCGCACGAAAGCUUCAGGCCAAAACUGGAGGAGGACAGCAAGACUAAACUGGACAAGCGGGAAGAUUCCCAGAGCGACAUCAAAUGCCACGGAACAAAGGAGGAAGGAGACCGGGAGAUUACAAGUAGUCGAGAGAGUCCCCCUGUGAGAGCCAAGAAGCCUCGAAAAGCCAGGACGGCUUUCUCUGACCACCAGCUCAAUCAAUUGGAACGUAGCUUUGAGCGGCAGAAAUACCUGAGCGUGCAGGACCGAAUGGACCUAGCUGCUGCACUCAACCUCACCGAUACCCAGGUCAAGACCUGGUACCAGAACCGCAGGACCAAGUGGAAGCGGCAGACUGCCGUGGGUCUGGAGCUGUUGGCAGAAGCGGGAAACUAUUCAGCGCUGCAGAGGAUGUUUCCGUCGCCUUAUUUCUACCACCCAAGUCUGCUGGGCAGCAUGGACAGCACCACUGCAGCUGCGGCGGCGGCCGCCAUGUACAGUAGCAUGUACCGGACUCCUCCGGCACCCCAUCCCCAGCUGCAGCGGCCUCUUGUGCCCCGUGUGCUGAUCCACGGCCUGGGGCCCGGAGGGCAGCCAGCUCUCAAUCCCUUAUCCAACCCUAUCCCGGGUACCCCGCAUCCCCGGUGAAGAGCGAGUAGCAAUGCUGCAGUCCCUCCCCAACCCCAUCAGGACAGCUGUCCCUCCUCUUCUGGCACCAGGCCACAAGAGCCUCCC